CACCUCAUCGAUUGUCAAACUUCCAGCAGGUUUAUUUUUAAAAUUGAUGGAAAGUGUUUUAUGAUUAAAAACAACAUAAAAAAUUAACAAAAAUAGAUUGUAAACGUUAAAAUGAACCGGUGGUUUUCUUUGAUUUCGAUUUUGCUGUGCGUUUCGUACGGAAGCUGUAUAAUGUGGACUUUGCAACCGAACACACAAAAAUGUUUAAGGGAAGAACUGCAACAGAACGUACCGGUUAUCGGAGAAUUUGAGGUGUCUGAGGCCCCCGGACAAACUAUUGAUUAUGUGGUUACAGAUUCCAAGGGCCAUAUUUUAGCCAAAAGGCAGGAUGUUAGCAAGGGAAAAUUCUCCUUUAACACUGAGAGUUACGAUACUUAUGAAAUCUGUUUUGUUUCCCAUGUACCACCAAAUCAACGUGGAAUUUCACAAGAAGUUUCUUUAAUAACUAAACAUGGAGUGGAAACUAAAAAUUAUGAUACUUAUGGGGAAGCAGCCCAAUUAAAACCUAUAGAAAAAGAAUUAAAACGGUUAGAGGACUUAUCCAGUGCUAUCGUGCAAGAUUUUGCCUUCAUGAGAAAAAGAGAGGAAGAAAUGAGAGAUACAAAUGAAUCCACAAAUUCCCGAGUAUUAUACUUCUCAAUUUUAUCUAUGUUGUGUUUGUUGGGUCUGGCAACAUGGCAAGUACUAUACUUAAGAAGGUAUUUCAAAGCUAAGAAACUUAUCGAGUAAAAUAUUUCCAAAUUUUGCCAACUUGUUAUUUUUUAUGAAGUUUUUUUGUUAUUUCUCAAUUUACAUCUGCAACAACAAUAUUAUGAAAAGUUUUAAACUGUACAUUUUUACACCGAUUUGUACGCAAAAUUAUUGGACAAUAACAGUUUAAAACUAAAAAGAAAAUCUGUUGAUUUAGCGUUACGCUACAAAUAAGACUCCUCAGCAGAUUUUAAACUUAAUUUAUUAUUAGAAUUUUUGUAUAAUAAUACAUUCACAACUUGUAACAUAAAAUAAAAUUCAUAAUUUUUUAA